AAUCAUCGUUAGAGAAUAGCCUCAGGCCGAAUCCGUGAUCUGUUGCUUUCAAUAUCCAAAGAAAAUGGCCUUUCGUCAACGAAGAAAGUAAGAAAAUGCCAUCCGAAAAUAAAUUGGCCCAAAUCGAUGCUUGAAGACUUAUCAUCCGUGGAGAAUAGGAUCAAUAGACUUCAUUAUCGGUGGAGAAUAGCCUCGUCUUGAUUCCGUGAUCUGUAGCCUCCAGAAUCGAAAGAAAAUGGCAUUUCAAAUAAAUGGCCCGAAAUCUGUGAUGGUACCCCUUUGGAAUCUGCCAAAAAUUGGCCCGGAAUAAAUCCACCCAAAUCGGUGCUUAAUGCACUAAAUCAUCGUUGGAGAAUAGCCUCAGGCCGAAUCCUUGAUCUUUAGCCUUCAACAUCCAAAGAAAAUGGCCUUUCGUCGCCCAAGAAAUUACGAAAAUGCCAUCCGAAAAUAAUUGGCCCAAAUCGAUGCUUAACGGACUUAUCAUCCGUGGAGAAUAGGAUCAAUAGACUUCAUUAUCGGUGGAGAAUAGCCUCGUCUUGAUUCCGUGAUCUGUAGCCUCCAGAAUCGAAAGAAAAUGGCAUUUCAAAUAAAUGGCCCGAAAUCUGUGAUGGUACCCCUUUGGAAUCUGCCAAAAAUUGGCCCGGAAUAAAUCCACCCAAAUCGGUGCUUAAUGCACUAAAUCAUCGUUGGAGAAUAGCCUCAGGCCGAAUCCUUGAUCUUUAGCCUUCAACAUCCAAAGAAAAUGGCCUUUCGUCGCCCAAGAAAUUACGAAAAUGCCAUCCGAAAAUAAUUGGCCCAAAUCGAUGCUUAACGGACUUAUCAUCCGUGGAGAAUAGGAUCAAUAGACUUCAUUAUCGGUGGAGAAUAGCCACGGCCUAAUUCCGUGAUUUGUAGCCUCCAGAAUCGAAAGAAAAUGGCAUUUCAGAUAAAUCGUCGGAAAUCUGUGAUGGUACCCCUUUGGAAUCUGCCAAAAAUUGACCCGGAAUAAAUCCGCCCAAAUCGGUGCUUAAUGGAGUCCCUCAUCGUUGGAGAAUAGCCUCAGGCCGAAUACGUGAUCUGUAGCCUCCAAUAUCCAAAGAAAAUGGCCUUUCGUCACCGAAAAAAUUACGAAAAUGCCAUCCGAAAAUAAAUUGGCCCAAAUCGAUGAUUAACGGACUUAUCAUCUGUGGAGAAUGGGAUCAAUAGACUUCAUUAUCUGUGGAGAAUAGCCUCGGAUUGAUUUCGUGAUCUGUAGCCUCCAGAAUCAAAAGAAAACGGCAUUUCGGAUAAAUGGCACGAAAUCUGAGAUGGUACCCCUUUGGAAUCUGACAAAUAUUGAAACAGAAUAAAUUCGCCAAAAUCGAUGCUUAAUGGACUCAAUCAUCGUUGGAGAAUAGCCUCAGGCCAAAUCCGUGAUCUGUACCGUUCAAUAUCCAAAGAAAAUGGCCUUUCGUCGCCCAAUAAAUUAAAAAAAUACCAUCACAAAAUAAAUUGGCCGAAAUCGAUGCUUACCGGACUUAUCAUCCGUGGAUAAUGGGAUCAAUAGACUUAAUUAUCAGUGGAGAAUAGCCUCGGCCUGAUUACGUGAUCUGUAGCCUCGAGAAUCAAAAGAAAAUGGCAUUUCGGAUAAAUGGCCCGAAAUCUGUGAUGGUACCCCUUUGGAAUCUGCCAAAAAUUGACCCAGAAUAAAUCCGCCCAAAUCGGUGCUUAAUGGACUCAAUCAUCGUUGGAGAAUAGCCUCAGGCCGAAUCCGUGAUCUGUAGCCUUCAAUAUCCAAAGAAAAUGGCCUUUCGUCACCGAAGAAAUUACGAAAAUGCCAUCCGAAAAUAAAUUGGCCCAGAUCGAUGCAUCAAGGACUUAUCAUACGUGGAGAAUAGGAUCAAUAGACUUCAUUAUCUGUGGAGAAAAGCCUCGGCUUGAUUUCGUGAUCUGUAGCCUCCAGAAUCAAAAGAAAAUGGCAUUUCGGAUAAAUGGCCCAAAAUCUGUGAUGGUACCGCUUUGGAAUCUGCCAAAAAUUGACCCGGAAUAAAUCCACCCAAAUCGGUGCUUAAUGGACUCAAUCAUCGUUGGAGAAUAGCAUUAGGCCAAAUUCGUGAUCUGUAGCCUUCAAUAUCCAAAAAAAUGGCCUUUCGUCGCCCAAGAAAUUACGAAAAUGCCAUCCGAAAAUAAAUUGGCCCAUAUCGAUGCUUAACGGACUUAUCAUCCGUGGAGAAUAUGAUCAAUAGACUUCAUUAUCGGUGGAGAAUAGGCUCGGCUUGAUUCCGUGAUCUGUAGCCUCCAGAAUCAAAAGAAAAUGGCAUUUCGGAUAAAUGGCCUGAAAUCUGUGAUGGUACCCCCUUUGGAAUCUGCCAAAAAUUCACCCGGAAUAAAUCCGCCCAAAUCGGUGCUUAAUGGACUCAAUCAUCGUUGGAGAAUAGCCUCAGGCCGAAUCCGUGAUCUAUUGCUUUCAAUAUCUAAAGAAAAUGGCCUUUCGUCACCGAAGAAAUUACGAAAAUGCCAUCCGAAAAUAAAUUGAACCAAAUCGAUGCUUAACGGACAUAUCAUCCGUGGAGAAUAGGAUCAAUAGACUUCAUUAUCGGUGGAGAAUAGGCUUGGCUUGAUUCCGUGAUCUGUAGCCUCCAGAAUCGAAAGAAAAUGGCAUUUCGGUUAAAUCAUCGAAAUCUGUGAUGCUACUCCUUUGGAAUCUGCCAAAAAUUGACCCGGAAUAAAUCCGCCCAAAUCGGUGCUUAAUGGAUUCAAUCAUCGUUGGAGAAUAGCCUCAGGCCGAAUCCGUGAUCUGUAGCCUUCAAUAUCCAAAGAAAAAGGCCUUUCGUCACCGAAGAAAUUACGAAAAUGCUAUCCGAAAAUAAAUUGGCCCAAAUCUAUGCUUAAAGGACUUAUCAUCCGUGGAGAAUAGGAUCAAUAGACUUCAUUAUCGGUGGAGAAUAGCCUCGGCUUGAUUCCGUGAUCUGUAGCCUCCAGAAUCGAAAGAAAAUGGCGUUUCGGAUAAAUGGCCCAAAAUCUGUGAUGGUACCCCUUUGGAAUCUGCCAAAAAUUGACCCGGAAUAAAUCCUCCCAAAUCGUUGCUUAAUGGACUCAAAUAUCGUUGGAGAAUAGCUUCAGGCCGAAUCCGUGAUCUGUUGCUUUCAAUAUCCAAAGAAAAUGGCCUUUCGUUGCCCAAGAAAUUAUGAAAAUGCCAUCCGAAAAUAAAUUGGCCCAAAUCGAUGCUUAACGGACUUAUCAUCCCUGGAGAAUAGGAUCAAUAGACUUCAUUAUCGGUGGAGUAUAGCCUCGGCCUGAUUUCGUGAUCUGUAGCCCCCAUAAUCGAAAGAAAAUGGCAUUUCGGAUAAAUCGCCUGAAAUCGGUGAUGGUACACCUUUCGAAUGUGCCAAAAAUUGACCCUGAAUAAAUCCGCCCAAAUCGGUGCUUAAUGGACUCAAUCAUCGUUGGAGAAUAGCCUCAGGCCGAAUCCGUGAUCUUUAGCCUUCAAUAUCCAAAGAAAAUGGCAUUUCGUCGCCCAAGAAAUUACGAAAAUGUCA